UUCUGAUCGUAUUUUUGACAAUUAUUUUUGUUAGCAAAAAGAAAAUAAAUUUAUUAAUUAGUUAUAGAUUAGGACUAUUAGGAGUAAUUUCAUUUGACUGGUAUCAAAAUGGACAGAAGUAAAUUCAGAAUGAUGGAAGAUGAAAUGAGCAGGUUUGAGGCUGAAAUAUCAAGACAACCGAUGAUGAACGGUUUUGGUGCAACUUUUAUCCCUGGCUUCGGUGCAAUACCUCCACCUCCAACGCCUCCCAUUCUAGUCCCACACCAGAUAAACCGAUCAGCCAAAAAAUAUGAUCAGUACUCCUCAGUGCACACUGUAGCCCAACCUGCUGUUGUAACUGCAAAGCCUGCUCUCUACGCGCCCCCCAAAGUCACCAUGCCAACUCCUUCUACAACACAUCAGCAGUCUGUUGAUUUCUCAGCCCUACAGUCUGAGGUGGAGAAGAAGUUGAAGAAAUUGAAGAAUGAAAAAGUCAGUGCAGAGCUGGCCAUCUCACAAGGUAAAGCUAGUAGUGCUCUACAGUCUUUUGGCCCAGAAGACUACAAAAGACGUGGCUCAAAGAACAGGAAGCUUAUGAGGGUUGCAGGAGGGCAAACUUGGGAAGACAAUUCCUUGUCUGACUGGCAAGAAGAUGAUUUCAGGAUAUUUUGUGGGGAUUUGGGAAAUGAUGUGACUGAUGAACUCUUGACUAGAACCUUCAAUAAAUAUCCUUCAUUCCAAAAGGCCAAAGUUAUCAGAGAAAAGAGGACUAAUAAGAGUAAAGGGUAUGGGUUUGUCAGUUUCAAGGAUCCUGCUGAUUUCACCAAAGCCAUGAAAGAAGUGAAUGGACGUUAUGUGGGGAGUAGACCAAUAAAACUAAGGAAAAGUUCAUGGAGAAACAGGUGCAUAGAUGUAGUGAAGAAAAAGGAGAAAGAAAAAGCAGCACUCCUGAAUCUGCUCACUGCAAAUUCAAAUAAAUGAGAGCAGAAAGGCUUGUACAUAAGACAGAUUUAUUUAUGAUUUUAAUAAGUAUGGUAUGAUUUCCAACUGAUUUUUCAUUGUAAAUCAUUUGAAUAGGUUGAUACUCAAGUGUUAAUAUAGACAUCUG